AUGCUACGGAGCGUGAACGAUUGUACUCUUGGCUCCUGAUCCGACUUAUGGCUAUGGCAAACAAGACUUUUCUACUCUUUUUGCCAGGCUGUAUCACAUUGGAUCACUCGCCGAGAAAAGCAAUUUUAUACCUCAGCCAAGGUAAGCGAUUACCGACGCUUAUGAACACCUGCCACAUCAGAGGAACUUAAAGUGCGUUGCCGGCCUUUAAGAUGGCAUUGGGCUCUUUUCUUGAAGAUCGUAUCCGUCGGGAAACACGGCCACAGCCAUUUCAUUUGACAUCAAUUGCUCUGCGAGGAUAUCUCGAGAAACAGUUGAGGACUGCCAACCUGAAGAUGGAAAUGUUCCGAGUGCCGAGCAGGAAUUAAUUAAAUCCGAACAAUUCCUCAGACCACUCCCUCAUACAUGAAAUAGAAAAUGAAGAGCGGUGCUACAUCUCGCACACAGCGCCAAUUUCCAUUGAUUUCAGAAUUCUUAUAUUCCUAAAAUUCACACUAAUCUACCUGACGUGUUUUGAACACAACAAUAAUAACUAUCCACAAUACCUAUUAGCUAGUACAUACGAGUAGAUAAACAUAACCUUGGAUCGCACUUCCGUGACUCAUAAUUUUCCGGCCGGCCACUGCCCAAGGUAUAUUUUAUCUAACAACUCGCCAGUAAUUUUGCUUACCGAACGGUUGUGCGGGUAGAUAUCAGUGAUUUUUUUCAGACUUUCUCUUAAUAUUUCCAACAAACAAAAUCAAUUUCACAAAUAUGGAUUCUCCGGCCUUAUCUUCGGCUAUCGCCAAAUUCUCGUUGCAGUUCUGCAAUGAACUGGAUAAAAGCAAGAACGUAGUUUCUUCUCCCCUAUCGGCUGAAAUUCUCUUGGCGCUCUUAUCACUUGGAUCCUCUGAACCAGCCCUUCCAGAGCUUCUGACAGCAAUUGGCAUUCAAGAUACUGAAGCAAUCCGCUCAUCAUUUUCACUUGUUUCAUCAAGACUAAAAUCUAUAAAGGGUCUUUGGAUGUAUUUAGCCAACCGGGUUUAUAUAAAAAAGGACUAUGAGCUGAGAGCCGAGCUUAAACAAGAUGCAGUUCAAGUGUUCGAUGUGGCACUAAAACCCAUAGAUUUCUGCAAUGGUGCUGUUUCAGCGAAAGUUAUCAAUGACUGGGUGGAGAGCAAGACUAACAAGAAAAUAAAGGAUCUUAUAUCAGAGGACGAUCUCGAUGAAUUUACCCGACUUGUACUCGUUAAUGCUAUCUAUUUCAAGGGUAAAUGGAAGCAUCAGUUUAAGGCACUUAACACGAGGAACAAACCAUUCUACGUGAAGAUAGGAACUACGGUAGAUGUUCCUAUGAUGUAUAUUGAAGAGAAAUUCAGAUAUGGAGAAAGUGACAAAUUAAAUGCACAGCUUCUAGAGAUGUCUUACGAAGGCGACGAGGCAAGCAUGGUGAUCGUGUUGCCCAGAAACGUCGAGGGUCUCGACGCGGUCCUCGAGCAACUAGCCACGGGAGUCGACCUCGUCCAGGAGAUGCAGAGCAUGAUCUCCACUAAGGUGGAGGUCUACAUUCCCAAGUUCAAGAUCGAGACCGAGAUUGAUCUUACUGAACUACUGCCUAAGCUAGGCAUCAAAGCCAUCUUCGACAAAGAGAACUCCGGCCUAACCAAGAUUCUGGACAGCGACGAGGCCCUGUACGUGUCCAAGGGGAUACAGAAGGCCUUCAUCGAAGUGAAUGAGGAGGGCGCGGAGGCAGCCGCGGCUACCGCGAUGAUGGUUACAUCGUAUUGUACGAGUGUGAACUUCGCGCCUCCUGUGCCAGUUUUCAAUGCAAACCGACCAUUCCUCACAGCCGUCCAAGCUCACGGGACACUUUACUUCCUUGCCGUACAUCGCGGGAAGGAAUAAGAUAAUAUAUACGUACUACAAUUACGAGAGAUGAUAGUAGUUUUAGAACAAAACGGGACUUAAUCGCGUAAACACUUACAUUUAUAUUAGGCCCGACGUUUCGAACAUCACACCGUCUGUUCUACAGCAGAAAAGUACGUGAAGCGAUUGAAAUUAGGAA